UCUUUUUCUCUUUGCAACAUAAGCUACGAGAGGUCAUGGAAAAAGUUGUUUUGCUCGUCAUAUUUGCGACCAUAUUUACAUGGGUGGCUCAAGCACAAAACCAAUCGUCAUGGGCUAAGAGGGUUGAUACAGGCAAAGAGGUGGUUACAACUCUUCAAUUCUACUUCCAUGACAAACUCAGUGGAUCAAACCCGAGUGCAGUUCAAAUUGCACAAGCUUCUGGGACUAACAAUUCGAGUACCUUAUUUGGGGCUUUGUUGAUGAUUGAUGAUCCACUUACAAUUGGACCUGAACCAACUUCAAAGCUAGUAGGUCGAGCCCGUGGACUAUAUGGGUCUGCUGGUCAAACUGAUAUGGGCCUUAUCAUGGUGGUUAGUUAUGGAUUCACAGAUGGUAUCUAUCAAGGGAGUUCAUUUAGCCUAUUGAGCUUGAACCCGGCAAUGAACCCGGUUCGUGAGAUGGCUAUCGUUGGUGGGACCGGGCUUUUUCGGUUGGCCCGUGGGUAUGCUCUUGCUCAAACUUAUUCGGCAAAUUCUAAUGGUGAUGCAAUUGUUGGCUACAAUGUUACAAUUGUCACAUAUGUUUGAAUUUUUUCUUAUUUUUUGUAAGCAACUUUUUAGUUCUAUAACAACCGAUAUUAUUCAGGCAAUUUAAA